ACUAGUUAGAGUUAGGGGAAAUUACCUGCAAGGUUAAAAAUGAGUCAAACUUUGAAUAGCUGUGUGGGUUUAAUCUCUUCUGUCGUUCUGAUAAUUGCUGCUGGUGGCUCAUCUAUGGGUGCACGGACACAGAAUUCACGAAAGAUAACACAACGGCUCUACUUUGGCUGCAAAUACUGCAACCUAAUCUACCAUAUUUUGAACUCUAGACUAAAGUUUAUGCACUAAUUAGUGGGUCUAAGAAAUCCAUUCAGAGGUGGGAAAAGGAUUGUAAUAUGAGAAGAGGCUGUUGUGUGGAAGACGGUGACGACUUUCACUCUUGAGAGGACCAAACCACAGUCUUAAGGGAUUAUUUUUGUGUGUUUUUUUUUUUUUAACUUGCAGGUGGUGUCUAAAAUCUUCAUUGUCGUUUUUCUUGAUGUGCUCAAGAUAUCAUUACAAGUGUUCUACAACAUGAACAGUUUUUUUAUUAUAAUUUUUAUGGGCCACUAGUGCUAAAUGUUUGCCAUUUGUUAAAAGCAUAUUUGAACAUCAUUGUGACUGGGCUUUGUUAUUUGUUUAAAUAUUUUUAAUUUAUUUAAUUUAUUGUACAGUGUCAAUAACAUUAUUAAAUAUUCUCUUCCAUUGAAGUAUAUAUACCAUUAAGUACUUUUAUUCUAUUGUGUAUGGUUUCUAACAUAAGUGCUUCUUACUUUGCUUUUCCAGUAUGGCAAGGCCCGACACACACAUUUGAACACACAUUCUGGCGGUGUCAGGUUGGGCCAUCUGAUAUGACAUGCAGAUGUUUAGUUUUGCUCCUGCAGCAGGUGUCAACAGAUGCUGCUCUGACCUACUUGGCCAAACUGACCUCUGUGAAAGUGAGAGUUGCUCUGCAGUCUGGAUGCCGAAGCCGAAGAAAAUCUGCUCCAGCGUUUUAAAAGCAGGUCAUUCUCACCCUGACCCUUAGGUGUCCCUCACUCUGACCUUUCUGGAGAUAAAGGUUCAUAAAAACUAAGCAUUUCACUGCAGGGAAUCAAUAACCAUCAUGUCAUUUUGUUACCACACAGCCAAACCAGACUUAUUUUUAGUGGUUUUAGUGCAAAGAGUGAUUUUAUGUGACCUUUGACUUUUGCACUUUCACAGUUCAUAAUUGGCCACUAGUUGAUAAUAGAAAUGUGGGUUUAAAUAGUGUGUGGAAUGAAUUAGACAUGACAGGCGCAGCUGUUCCUUCUUCCUGGAGAGACAACAUGAAGAUAAAGAUUUUAAGAAAAAUAAAUUAUACAUUUAGGUUAGGUGAAAUGACUGACCCCUAGAGGAUUUAGACUGACACAAAUUAGAAAAAAAAAAUAUGCCCUAGACUUUAGCAACAUUACCAAUGUCAAGGUACCAGAAGUGAGUCUCUAAACACACCAAUCAUGACUUUUAAUGAUUAGUUACAAAAUAAUUUAUUAGGAUUAGGCAACAUGUCCAGCCGCAUUUUUCAUGUUAGAGAUAAAAGAAAUAGUUUGAAGUAGAAGUCCAGUUAUUUUGCUGAGGUUACUCUACAGUAGUUCAUACGCACUAUAUUGGAUCAAUAUUAUCUGUGACAGUUGUGCCAUGAGCUGCAGUCUAAUCCUCAGGCCAGUGAUGUGAAGAUAAGAAAAGGCUUUGCUGCUGCUGUCAUGCUGUCAGUCAAACAUCCUGCAUCUACAAAAUCAUUAUGUACAGAGAGGACUUUGACAGUCUAGAGGACAGACGGCAGAUAAUGUGAACAAUAUUGUGAAAAUGUGCAGUUUACAACAAUGUAGUGAUGGCUGCUUGAUUAUACUUAAUAUGUGCACUCAUCAAAUUGGUCCAAAUUAGAUUGUUUAGACUGGACACCUGGUUUGUUUUUAGCACUUGUGCUUUAGGUGAUGUCAUGUAAUAUUUGCCAUAAUUUUAAGUAAAGUGCAUUGAUCCUCAGUUUUACCUGGUUUUGUAAAAAUUGCUGUUUACUGUCAUAUGUGGCUAGGGAUGUCUUUCCUUCAUCGGCCGGAACUGUAUGAGUCUGUUGAUCUUAGAAUGUUUCCUCCUUAGCCCAACACGCAGGAGCAUAUGCCCCGCUGAUUGAGCCUCUGCAGAAGGCUCCCACGCAGCCAAAUUAUAUUUUAAUGGUAUAAAAGAUUUCUAUGUUGCAGCCCCACUUUUAGCCCCCACCAACUGUAAACCCAGGGCAAUAAAUAUCCUAAGCAGGGCUGGGAAUUUACAGCACCUGUGGUAACUGCACAGCACUGUCCUAAUAAGACACAGAUGUGGCAGUGAUUGCACUCAACCUGAAACACAUGCCAGUGAAAAAAGGGAGUUCUUUGUUAGGUACAGUUUCAUCACCUGCUCAGAGCUGCUUGCAUUCUUUUUGAUCAGCAGGUAACGACAAUGAAAUUAAAACAAUUUGGAUCAGGUGGCUGCAGGACUGGUCAACUGUGGUACUCUGUGGGGUGCAAGAUUCCCAUAAGGAGAAGAUCAUAACAGUGUCUGGAGAGGGGAUGGUUCAGAGCCCAGACUUCCCACGUCGGUAUCCCAGGAAUAUUGUGCUGGCCUGGAGACUUGUGGCCCCAAACAACAGGAGGAUCAACCUGAACUUUGACCAGAGGUUUGGUCUGGAGGAUCCUGAAGAUGGCAUAUGCAAGUAUGACUUUGUGGAGAUAGAAGACUUCACUGAAAAGACAAUCCUGGGUCGUUGGUGUGGGUCACAGUCUGUGCCAAAUAGCUUGACAUCCAAGGGCAGUCAGAUCAGGAUCCGAUUUAUCUCCGAUGAAUACUUUCCCUCCGAGCCAGGAUUCAGCAUUCGUUUCUCCCUCCUGCCUGUGAGUGCAUCGGUUCCUGCCCCCCCUGCACCUCCUGCUCCAUCACAGCAGGGUGUUGAGGAGCUGUCAGAGGCCGUGGCAACACUGAACACGCUGGAGGAGGUCAUGAAGUAUCUGGAACCUGAGAGAUGGCAACUGGAUAUGGAGGAGUUGUACAAACCUACGUGGCACUUGCUCGGAAAAUCCUUCAUUCACACCCGAAAGGCCAGAGGUGGGGUAGAUCUCACUCAGUUAAGAGAGGAUGUUCGCCUCUACAGCUGCACCCCGCGCAACUUCUCCGUGUCCUUGCGCGAGGAGCUGAAGAGGACAGAUGCCAUCUUCUGGCCCAGCUGCCUCCUGGUGAAGCGCUGUGGUGGAAACUGUGCCUGCUGCUCCCAUCGCUGCUUCGACUGUCAGUGUGUUCCAGCCAAAACCACCAAGAAAUACCAUGAGGUUCUGCUGCUCAAACACCGGAACGGUGUUCGAGGCCUGCAGAAGAUGAUGACUGAUGUGCCGUUGGAGCACCACGAGGAGUGCGCCUGCGUGUGCAACGAUGACUCGGACUGAACUCAGGAAGAACUGCCACUGGACUUAACACAGGAUUUUUUUAAAAAAUGUUCUACUAGAAGAAGACAAACGUGGCCACUCUUUUUGUGACAUUCUGUUUUUUCAUACUACUCUGCUGGGAGCUAACAAGACUUUCCUUUCAUCCUAUUGUCCUUUCACUAAUUGGACAGAGCGGAACAGACUGGAAUCUAAUGAAACUUGUGAAAUUGAUUUGACUGCUGUGGGAUAUCAAUGGAGAGCAUUUUUUAGAGAGACACAAAUUCACUGGAGCAAAUCAGGACUGUUACCUGUGUGCCCCGAAGACUCCCUUCUGAUGCCUCUCACUGAUAAAAGCACAGAGGCUUUUUUUUUUCCUCCUCCUGUUUUAUAGAGAUCUCUUUUCCGUUAGACCCUGUGUGGGCUGAGAGUGUCACGGAAAUUGGGAGCUUCUUUGUUCAAGUACUUUUUUAUGUCUACCAGCCCUCUGUUUCUCUGUCAUUACCAGCCAUGUAAUAGAGGCUGUCUGUUCGCCCACAGUUUCCUUUUGCUCUUCCGCUUGUUUUAUCUAAGAAUAAAAUUUGGAGCCUCUUUUCAUAAUGUGUAUAUAUUUUAUUUCACUUCUUUUUUUUUACCAUUAGUGCAUUUUUCACCAAAUAUUUUUUUAUCUUGUACAUCCGGCUGGAUGCGGUUCAUCAAAUCAUCUUAUUGUAACAACUCUGUUCAUUUCAGGUGUGCUCUGUAUUAUUUCAUAUUUAUUUGAUUGAUUAAUGGGAUUUUUUUUUUUUUUUUGCUACAUGUUGCUCUACAACGGUCAUAGACUAUAUUUAAGAAAUCAACAUGGUUAUACAUUUUUAAACAGAUUUUCAAUCUUUAUUUUAAAACUGAAUCUAUGUUUGAAUUUAUGUGUUGAAGAGUUUCCAUUAAGGUAUUAAAAUGACCAUUUUAGGUUAUUUUUAUUGCUAUGUUUUCUACAAAAGUCCACCUUCAGUAUUUUCUACGAUUGUGCUUCGUUGGUUUAGAUAGUCACAACUGGAUAAAAUCUCUUUCCUUUUUUAUUUGACUGAUAGCACAUUACUGUACACAAUAUUGUUUGUAACAAGACUCCCAAUGGAAAAGUAUAAUUUUCAUCAAUUCUUAUGUUUUGGAUAUAAAUAUCCACUGCUUCUGGGCUGAACUUUAGCUGAUCUUUCCUUAUUCUGUUAAAUUAUUUCCUAACUUAUUUCAAUUUGGCUAUUAUUUGCUUAUUUGUUCCCCAUGUUUUGCAAUGUCUAUCAGUUCAACUUAUCUCCUUUUAUUUCUGGUAAUAAUAGUGUCAUGUCUUGUUUAUUUUUUAUUUUCAUGUCCAAGUUUCUACAACCCUGUAAAUGUUGUUCCUUCACUUUUCUUAGCUUUUUUGGGGCUAUAAAUGUAAAACAAAUAAUAACAUACACACAAAACAAAUCUAUUGAAAAAUGCAAAAGCUAAGCUAAGUUUUAUAGCUAAGAUUCAGCUACUUUUGAAUAGGUUAGAUCACAAGUUAGCUUUUCCUGAGCUAACCAUUCUGUUACUUUUUCUACUACUCUUUGUGUUGACUGACUACUUGCACACUGCACCAACAUUGUCUAUCUUAAGCUUAUGGUGGUCCAACAUGACUAUACAUAGGGUCCAAUCAUACACACCAACUCCCAUUGUGCUUUGUUUAUCUUUAAAUGAGAUUGUAAUUCAAACUGUGCGUCAUGUUUAUGGGCCCAGAAUGUAGUGAGAUUGUAGACCUUUACAGAAAAUGUUUAUUGAAAGCUUCACUUUUCAUAUAUAUUUAUACAAAGUACAAAUCUACGUUCUGGUCGUAUUCUUCAGCUUACUAGCAACAGGAUGACUGUGCUCAUUUCUUAUAUAUGGUCUAUGGCAGUGGUAUAAGCCUUUUCAUUGUUGAUUUUCAUUUUCUCGUGGAUAUGUUUGUGCAAGCCUCUCUGUUCACCAUUUCAUGUAAGUUAUUUAUCUCUACCUUUGCAUCGGCUGUUUGUGUAUUUGGUUAUGUUGAUGAUAUUGAUUGUUGGCAUAGUAUUGGAGCAAUGAACCACGAACAAAAAAGAAAACAUUAAUUAUCAGUGAACAAAUGCAACUUAAAUACAGAUGUCAAAACCAGAGCUGAGGAAAGUUUUGAGUGUUCUGCAAUCAGUGGCGACAAGGUUAUUUAUGGUAUCACUGCGACAGGAUCAAAAAGGGAAUUCAGGCAAAGUAGGUAGAGAUUUUCUUGUGAACUGUAAAAUAGCUGUGUAUAUAUUUCCCAACAGUUUUCCUCUCAGUUCAUCGUAUUUUAUACUAAUGUUUUCCUUCAAUAUUAAUUCUGGGAAUUUCACCACCUCUUUUCAACAUGUCUCUAAAUUUCGGUUAAAAAAUCAUUAAUAAAAGCGAAAAUGUUUAUAUAUUUUAGUGAGGUUUCUGACUGAUUUUUGUGUUUCUA